AAACGUGGAGCGGCGGCCGGCUGCGGCUUGACAGCGCGAUGUUAGGAGCGGUGUGAUUACAGUAGAGAGCGGCUGCUUACUUAAAGCUUUAACAGCCAACCCGGGCCCUGCUGCUGGCUGACGGGUUAAUCGACCAACUGAUCUGGAAGCCCGAUACAGCGAGCGGCCGCCAUAUGUACCGGGGUUACGCAAUGAAGACGACAGUGACAGAGUGACUUCCCCAAGAACACGCCGGCCCCUGCAGCUAGCCUAGCCUCCGCCCGCACCAAAACCUCGCUCGCUCUCACUCUGCCGUCGGUUCACCGGGGAGCAGACUCUCCCAAACCAGCCGCUGCGCAUUCAACCCUUCGCCCCCGCAGCCUCUAUAGUUUUUCUUCGCUCCGAUGGCUUUGGCGGCGGCGGCGGCGGCGGCGGCUCGGCGGCUCGCGCAGGCAAGUUUACGGGAAUGUUCGCGGAGGAGCGCGGCGGUGUCGCGGGGAGCCUGGCGGACGGCGGAGCGCGCUUUCUCCACGGCGGCACAUCCUCUCAGGGCAGAGAACAAGGUGACGGUCCACUUCAUCAACCGCGACGGGGAGAAGAUCACCGUGAAGGCGUCGCCCGGCGACUCUCUGCUGGACGUGGUCAUCAACGAAGACCUGGACUUCGACGGUUUCGGAGCCUGCGAGGGAACGCUGGCGUGCUCCACGUGUCACCUGAUCUUCGACGAGGAGGUGUACAAGAACCUGGGGCCGGUCACCGACGAGGAGAUGGACAUGCUGGACUUGGCUUACGGCCUGACCGAGACGUCCCGUCUGGGUUGCCAGAUCUGCCUGACGAAGUCUCUGGAGGGCCUGGUGGCCAGAGUCCCAGAGAGCGUCGCAGACAUCCGGCAGAGCAAGGACGGCGCUGCUUAAAGCUGGAACCUGUUCAGAGGAGGCGACGCCACACGAAUGCACCUUGGUGGGUGGAAAUCAGUGACGCUGCCACGCAGCCGUCGUCCAGGUUUCUUUUUUUUUUUUUUUUUCAUGAAACUAUUUUUCUAGUGUAAAACACAAAGUGUAAUCAGCGAUUUCUAUGGAAACAAGCUUCUCUAGCAUAAAAUCAAAUGUAUUUAUGAGUUAUAAACUGCUGACUUUAAUAUUUUAUGAUCUGGUCCCCUAACUUUAAUCAGUGACAGCCAUCGACGCCAAUGUGACCAAAACGUCGUCAUAUCUCCACAGCUGACAGUUUUUAAAAUACUGUAAGAAAUGUAUUGCCUUAAUAGUAAUUAAGUCCUAAAUAGAUGAACUUUAUAUGACUGUACAGGACUAGAACACUGUAUAAAACAGAAAUAAAUAAAAAAAUCAAUCACCUUUCUAACAAAUGUCUGAAUCAGAGUCAUCCUUUUAAAACCUCUAUAGUAGCGACUUUAACAUCUGAACUCGGCUUGUUUCUUUUUUUUAUGGUUGGCAACAGAAAAAAGAAACUUUAAAGCAAGAAGCUAGACCAGAAUGCACUGCAGCUUUUUUGCACUAUUCUAACAAUAAUUGAUGUAAACCUUAACAGACGUAUAGCUGUACUGGAACCAAGCAGCACACACCGCCCUGUA